AUGCAAUAUGAGAAAGCUGAAAAGCCAAAUGAUGUGGAUGUGUACUUUAGCAAAGCUUUUUAUAUUGAGAAUCCCUAUGACCUGAUAAACAUAGAUCAAGUGAAACAAGAAAUCAUUAAAGUAAAAUCUAAUAAAUGCCCAAUAAAUCCAGGAAUUGAUAUUCUAGAGCUUAAGAUAAAGGGAAGGGGGCCUGCAGAAGAUGAUAUCUAUGCUUAUGAUUAAACUUUGAUUAAAAAUGUGAGGAGAGGAAAUACUUUGCUUAAAUUUAAUUUGGAUGGAAACUCAAAUAUAGUAUUUGCCAGAAAAGGUUUGGUUAAAUUCUUUGAUUUAGACUUGACUUUUGUGCACCCAUCAACCAGGUUUGAGUCAACUGAAGUUACAGUUACCAAAUCUUGUCUAAAGAAUUACAUUUUAGCAGGUCCUUUAAGGUCCUUACUGAAAGGACAUAAAAUAGAGGUUGUUAAAACUCUAAAAGCUAAUGGCGAGAAUUGCUAGGUAUCAUUCAACUCAGAGUUUGGACAAUGGGUUAUUGCUUAGAAAAACUCUGGACUUCUUGCUAGAACUAGGAAGGAUCUUGAAAAAUAUGAUAAUUCAAUUUGGGAAUAUGCAAUUUAUAUGGCUAGAGUUUGGUUUGAUAUCCUAGAUAAGAUCAAAGUUAAACCUAAUGGGACAUAAUUACUGAAGUAAUUGAAAGAAAUCAUGACUGAUAGAACUUUUGUUGGAGAAUACAUUGGUUCUAUUGAGCAUUAGCAUAUGGUUAAAUAUGCUGAGGAAACUAUUGUAUUUUAUGCAAUAGUUGAUAAUUAUAGUGGCAAGAUUUGCUGGGCCACAGAAAAAGCUCUAUAAGUUUUUAACAAAUUUGAGUUAAACUGCGUAAAAAUAUAAAGUCUUGGAUUAUUCGACAACUACAAAACUCUAUGCGACGGGCUUUAUUAAUCAUUCAAAGACAUUUCUAAAAGUAAAUUAGUUGAUGAAGAGGAAGGUUCAGUUUUAUACUUCAUAAAGCACCACAAAAGUGGAGAUGAAAAUAAGGAUAAAGUGAUGAGUUUAGCAAAGAUCAAGACUCUCGAGUACAGAGCAUUUAGAAAAAUGAGAGAAAAGCUUAGAGGCUACUAUAGGAAUAAGAGCUCUAAAGGUUAAGAAUCCUUAAUUAACAAAUUUCAAAAGGAAAUGGAGGAGUUAAUGAAUGAAAAUGAACUUCCAUAGCCACUUGAAUUCUAUGUAGACGUUUUUAAAUUAGCUUUUGAAUUUAUAAAGCAUGAUCCCUCUCAAAUAGAAUACCUAAAUAAAGAAUAUAUUUCAUUUUAAGAGAAUCUUAUGAAGUAUAAAGCAAAAAUUUCAAAUUCAAAGCUUGAUAAAGAUGCCUAAAAAAUGUUUGAAUCCCAAAAUAUAUCUAGUUAUUAUGAGUAUGAGAAACCAAGUUUCUAGCAAAGCUUUAGUUUCUCAGAGGUAAACUGUAAAUCUACUCUUAAAUUAGUUAUAUUGACUCUUCCUGGAAUGAUAUCAGAUCAAGAACUGACUUAAAUAGGGGAAAAUUAUAACUUUGAAAUCAAACACUAAAUAGAUUUUGUUUAUUUGAGCUAAAUAAAACCUCAAGAAUAACCCUACUUAAUGAUAGUAAAUAGUAUAGGAGAAAUAGAUUAAUACAAAGAUCUGAGUAGAGUGUAGGAUUUAUUCAUUAUUGCUUUCAGGCUUAAUUAAUAAUCAAAAGCACAAUCAAUUGAAUAUAUAAAGUAAAACCCUAUUGCAAAAGAUUAGUUAAGCAAUCAAUAAGAUCUUAAUAUUUUCUUCUAAACUGAACUUGAGAGCUUUAAAAAGCUGUCAUAAAAUUUUCAGAGUAAUUAUAGAUUUGUUGAUUAUUCAGAGUCAAACGAUUUGAACAUUUUAAACAAAAAACUUAUUUAUCUAAAAGAAAAUUACUAAAAGAUUCAUAGACAAGCUACUGAAGAGGAGAAAAAAUCAUAUGAACUUAAUAAAUCUUAAAGAUAAAAUAGUUACUAUAGUGAAUCAGCUACUCCUAAAUUUGGAUAUGAUGAUUUUAGUUUCAAUGAAAUAUUUGAGUAGUAAGAUUCUUCUUAAAUAGUUUCAAACACUGAAUAAAGUUCAUUUCAAACUGCCAAUGAUACCCUUUAUUAAUCUUUUGAACAUGAAUCCCCUUAAUAAAUAGAAGAAAUUAAAGUUUAAACAAAAUCAGCAACUAAAAAAUAGAACUAAAUUAAGGAGCAAGUAAAAGAAACUAUUCAAGUUAUCGAUUAGAAAAAUAAAAAGAGCAAAAGGAGUAAAAAUAAGAAAUAUGCUGAAGAAGAGGAAAAAAUAGAAGAAAAUAAAACAUAAUAGAAUGAAAUAACUCAUAUUGGGGUUUAAACAAGACAUCAAAAGAAAAAAACUGUAUAAAAAUCUAGAAUUCCAAAAUACCUAGGUAUAAAUAUUGAAAAAGACUUUAAAUAUGGGUACAAAAUGGAAUAAUUAAUGUAAUCUGUUCUAUAAAAUCUCCAAGAUAUUUGUCCAAAUGAUGAAAUUCUUGAAAUAGAGACAGCUUUCAAUUCAGAAACAAUAGAUGAUAAGGAUGGCUGGAAUAAUGUACCUAAUUAUCAUGUAACAUGUUUGUAUGUUGGUGGAGAUGCAAAGAUAAUGGAAUCCGAGAUUGCUCUUAAAUUCUGCUAAGAUGUUUAAGUAGCAGUAAAAUUGAUGGGCUGCUUAAUAAUAUAAAACAGACUUGUGAUUGGAAUACCUACUCUUAUUGAUUAAGAAAUUGAAAAUGAGUUUCCUCAUGUAACAAUAAUGAUAAGAAAUUGCAAAGCAUUUGAUUCAAAUAUGGCUUUGAGACUAUUGUGCGAUAAAGGCUGUGAAUUCAAUGAUAUAUAUAAAAGAAUUAUGAAAUCGAAAUCAUCAUCUUAAUUCAAGUAAGAUGAAUCUAGAAGAACUGAAAACAUUGAAUUUAUGGGAUCAAUACAUUCCGCUUACAUCGUGGCUUUUGAAUAUCCUUUUGAAUUCAGAGCAAAGACUCAAAAUUAUUAUCAAUGA